AGGCGGAGCCACUUUCUUCGCCGUCGCCAUGAUGCAUUGGCAACGUCACGCAGCCUGCGGUUGAUGUGUGAGCGUGUGUCGUGUGCGAAAGGAAGACGGCGGCGGUGCCAAAUAAGUUGUCAAUCUCGAAGUUCGGAUGCCCGUUUAAGUUAAGAGCCUAGCGUCGCGAUCAUGACUUUCAUCACGUCGUGGGAGGAAUUCUCGAAAGCCGCCGAGAGGCUCUACCUCGCCGAUCCCAUGAAGGUUAGGUUCACUGUAAAAUACAGGCACUGCGAUGGCAAGCUCCAAGUCAAAGUAACAGACAAUCAAGUGUGCCUUCAAUAUCUGACAGAACAUUCUCAAGACGUCAAGAGGAUAGAAAAACUAACCAACCUGCUGAUGAGGCAUAUGGCAUCGAAGGAACGAUGACUGUGCGGCCUUCGCCCAUGCUUUGCGCGCCUUGUACAUUCUUCAUACCUACGGACUGUCGUUUCCGGGAGACCUUGUUAAGUCUUUUGUGGACGUGGCUGUGGCGCUUGUUACAGGGUGAUGGCAGUUCUUCACUCAACUCUCUACACUGAAUACCGUUUUUGAUUUGAGCACGAGUGGUUUGUGCUCAUUCAGUCUUUUAAGUGAGCAAUGUGUGAAACCACUGUAAAUAGCGCUGUCUCCAGUUGCACCGUUCAUGGAAGAACUGUUGACGAGUACGGUGUGUGGCUGCUUUCUAUAAAAGGUCCUUCAAGGGCCAAAUGCCUUGCUCGAAUCGAGCACUUUCAUGUUUGCUUGGAAGGCUGUUGACAUGAUGUCCGGGACAGGGGUAACAGAACUUGCUGGCCAGGAAAGCCAGAAGAAAUGGUCACGAAGGAGAUGAAUUCGGCACCAGCAGAGCUUGGCUGACAUUGUGUGCUGUAGGUUGUGCAUAGCAAGCAUCUCCUGCACAAUGCAUUGCUUCCAGUCAAGCACAUCAGGAAUUGUUCAGGAGGCAAACAUAACUAGCCAGCCAAAAGACCAGAGGAAACAGUCUUUGUAAAUCAUGGAUGCUGCAGCAGCCGCAAAGUUUGUCACAACUUGCAUGCAGUGACCUGUACGGUUAGCUUGUUUAUAAGCUUUGCAAAAAACUCGUGGGGGAAGAAGGCCACGACAAGAUUACUCAGGUGAUUACACAGGCUCUUGGCGUGUCGUUAAAGCGAAGGCAACAGCUUGCGAAAAGGGCAGAUGCGGUGGUCUUGUGCAACAGACAGACUACAAGGUGGGGAAGUGUGCUAAGGCUUCUGGGAUAUAUUGUCACUUGUUCAAAGAACACUUCUCUCCAAUUGAAUGAAGCAUGGCUGACGACACUUUAGCGUUGAUGUGCUCUUACGCAUUUGCCUGAAGUUGUUAACCCGGGUGAGUUGUUUCUAUAUGCAAUCUCUGCAGCUCCAUUCAGGAUCAAACGCUUUUAAAAAAUGUGUUUCCGGUACACUUUUCUCACUCUUCUUAAUUUGUUGCACAAAAUUCCGUGCUGCCCAAAUCGGUUUCGUGUCACCGACAUCGCUCGUUUUAAUUGAAUAAAACAGUGUAUGAAGCCUCA